GACUUCAGAGAGUGCUUCAAUGCCUACAAGAGGAAGAACAAAUGCACCUUCGGUCUGAGGAACUGCAUCUCCGUCCGCUUCCAUAACCUCAACCAUGGCACCUCCAUCCGUGAGGACAUCACGGUGAACCUAGACUGAUGAAAAACAGAGAAGACUUGGGACAGAACGGGGGUCCAACCUGAGAAGACCAGAAGAAAGACCUCAGGACGGGAUUAACCAGUGAAGUGCAAACACCUCCAGGUAUAUGCAGGUGAAAUUUGUUUGUACCCGGGCCCAAUCAUACAGAAAGCAGAAGCUGGAGCCCAACAUGUGCCCAGCAUACUUAGUCCUGCAAUAUGAUGAGGAAUUGGAUAGACUAUUUAUCAGUGAACUGAACACGCAGCACAUCCAUGUUGAAACUAAAACUGCUACUGUCCCACAAGCUGGCUCUUCUCCUGGACAAAGAACCUCAGAACUGUGUAAGAAGUCCCAGGAAGAUACUUCUGGCAAAUUUCAGUCAAAACUGUUGUGGAUGGACGCCAAGCAGGGAAAAAGCACCUCUGAGGAUCCUGGGAUGGGCAAGAAAUCCUUAGCUGAGCCCUCCUCUUCCCCCCAUGAAGACCCUGUUCUUCCUGAAUUGAAGCAAGAAGGCAUCACCUCUUUAGAUUUGGCUCAUGUGGCAGAAGUCAUGAAGAAUUUCCUCAAGGCAGACAUGGGAUCCAUGGCCUCUCUCAGUGUGGGCAGCAACCAAGACCUUGACCGAUUCAGUUUCCAGAGCAGCAAGAUGCAGGACCUUUUUGUUCGCUUCCCAGAAAACCUCCUGCUGCACAGGGUAGAAAAUGCACACGGUCAUGUGCUUUAUGCCUUUCUGGUGGAAAGCAAGGAGCGAGAGGGAAGGGUGGUACAUUUUGCAGUGCUCAGGGAAGAGACUGCUUCCUCCGUCGCCAAGAUGUUGAGUGUCUUCACUGAGUUCAAUUCUGACUGGUCCAAAGUCAGGGUCAUUUUUGUGGAACCAUCCUUCCAGCACCGGGAUGUGGUGCAGGAGCUGUUCCCGUUAGCUCGUGUGCUGCUUUCCAUUUACCAUACAACCCGACUCCUAGAGAAGAAGCUGCAAAGGAGCCGAGCUAGUCAAUCCUUCAAGCACCUGAUGAAGGAGGCUUUGCGGGAAGCGGUUUUUGUUGCCUCAAGCCCUGGCCUACAGAAACUGUCUGAAAUGGCAGAAACCCUCUUAGACAAGGAUCUCUAUAGCUACCUGCAAGCCCAUUGGUUCUCUUGUGAGCUGCUUUGGUAUAUGCAUGCCAGGAAGGGUCUUCAUGCUUGUAGUACUUACAUGGAUAGCCUUGACCUAGUUACAAGCAAAGUAUCUAGUCUCUUCAGGGAACAGCAGUCCCUGGUGGGCUGCAUUUUGCGCUUUGUGGAUUAUGUUGACUUUUUCAACACCAAACGACCGAAGAACCUGUCCCAACCUCUCCCUAGUGGGGAGAGGGCUAAGCCAAAGGGUUAUGUUCCCCUGAGACCCAAGGGAGCCACAGAUAGUUAUGUAUCUAAUCUAUCCAAGACCUCCAAACUCCCUAAUGAAGCUGCCCCCCUGCAUCCUCAGCAGCAGACACAGCAAAAGCCACAGGCCUUUGGAGAUAACAUGCUAGAGGCCUUGCACAAGAAUGGCUCUGAUCUUGCCUACCAGCUCUGCCAUAAUGAGUGGGAAGUUGUGCAGAAUUCUACCCAGCUGGUAGAAGUGGCUAGCUGUGCAACAGAGGUCCAAUUACUAGAGGAUUCCCACCAGGUUAGCAAGGACGGGUGCACUUGCAGUUGCUCCUUCCAGCAGCGCUAUCACUUACCAUGCCGCCACAUCCUUGCGAUGCUCCACACCAACAAGGAGGCUGUGAGGGAGGUCAUGGUGUGUAGACGGUGGCAGAAGCGGUACCAGCACCUCCUCGGACCCCAUGGGGAGCUUCGGGAUCCUGUCAAAGAUUUGAACAUCAACCAGGCUUGGGAAGAAGGUAGAGAAGAUGUGAUCCAGAGCCUCAGCAGUGAGCUGGCCAAUCUGCUGAUGCAGAGUGAAGGGGCAGAGCUGGAAGAACGCUGUUCCACUUUGGGGAAGAUUGUGGACAUAUGGGCUGAGCCUUGUGAGCUGACAGAGAUUGAUCAGCAAUUGGGAGACUACAAUGAUGUGGGGCAUCUCCCUUUCCUCUGGGUGAAACAGGAAGAAGCUGAGAAGCUCCCACUUUCUGGGACCACAAUACUCCUAGACUGAGGCACCUAAUAAAGCCAAAGACCUUUUUAGAAAGGAGAACAGGAGUGGGACUGGCACACACCAAAGCCCCUCCUUUGUUGUUUUGUCUUGUUUCAUCGCUAUCUCAUUCCAGGCAGGGCAAUUGAUGAAUUGAGGGAUGAGACUCCACUUGUCCUUAGUUGGUCAGUACCACUGGUGUGUCUGUGCCCUUACACCUGUGACUAGAAGUUGGGCUGGCCCUCAGGAUUCGGAAAGGGCCUAAAUGCCCUAGUCCUUUUCUUGUCAUCCUUCUUGUCCCCAAGGUUGAAUGUGUUCAAAGUUGUGUUCCUGUUGAGGGAUUUCUUACACAGGUCUGUUCCUACCCACUCUGAGGUUGAAACUCCCAAUUCUCCAGAUAGAUCUACUUUGGGACCUAGCAAGGGAGCUGUUCAGAAAAGGAGAAAAGGUAGUUUCUGGAUGUUGCUGCUAUACAGAGAUUCUGUCACUAUACCUGUCCUUUUUUGCAACAUUAAUAAAAGUUUUUUUUUUAAUAACCCGUUUAUUUGCUUUAUAAAUAGAAACAAGGAGGAGCCUUAAUGUUAAUUAAUUAGGAUAUCAUUGGAUCUUACAGCAGAAAGAAUUUUAGAGAUCCAGUCCAAUCUCAUUUGAAAAAUCAUUUGUAGGAAAGGCCUGGUUUCUUAACUCUUGACACUUAAUAGUUGAGGGACUAUGGGAAAAUUAUUUAACUUUUCUAAAUCUCGGGUUCCUUAACUAUUAGACUAAUAAUUCUUAGGGAGUUAGUAGGAUUGAAUAAUGCUGCACUUGUAUCCAGAAAGAUCUGAAGCCUCCAACAAUACUCUGAACAUGGACAAUUCACUUUACUUCUCAGGUAACUGAGAACUUAAGCUUCCAAUAACUAUUUAAUAUUCUGAUGGGAGAGAGUCACACCAAGAAAUCACAGCUUUUUGACAGACCUCACAGGCUUGCUGGGAGAAGUUCUU